AUGUCCGCCUGCGCCGAGAAAGCGGGCCAGAAGGGUGGGUUCUUCAUGCAAGAGGAAACUGCAGUUCUUCGAGACCACGAACCGCGAAGAGAACGGGAGCAAUUCCGACACCAACAUCGACGACGACGACGAUGCACCUGCUGCCCUAACCAAACCAUCUUCGUCGUGGACCCAAAUUCCUACCCCAAGGCUUCCGACGUGCUUCCUCUGCCUCUUUACCUCACCAAUGGCCUCUUCGUCACUCUCUUCUUCACCGUUGCCUACUUCCUCCUGAAUCGGUGGCGCGAGAAGAUCCGCACGUCCACGCCGCUUCACGUAGUCACGCUCUCGGAGAUCGCCGCCAUCUUCUCUCUCUUCGCUUCCGUUAUCUACCUCAUCGGCUUCUUCGGUAUAGACUUCGUCCAGUCCUUCGUUGCUCCCCGUACCCCGCACGACGACUGGCACGAGCACGAGGUUCUCGAAUCACCGCCGCCGCGUCCGCCUCAGCAGAAGAAAGACGAGCAGCUAAUCUCUAAAGAAGACGAGGAGAUCGUCGAGUCGGUGUUGUCCGGAACGACAGCGUCUUACGAGCUCGAAUCGAAGCUCGAGGACUGCAAACGAGCCGCGGUGAUCCGGCGCAAGGCGUUGCAGAAAACGACGGGUCGUUCGCUGGAGGGCCUGCCGCUGGAGGGCUUCGAUUAUCAGUCGAUACUGGGACAGUGCUGUGAAAAUCCGGUGGGGUAUGUGCAGAUCCCGGUGGGAGUCGCUGGACCGCUGUUGCUCGAUGGAGAAGAGUACAUGGUGCCAAUGGUGACAACGGAGGGGUGCCUGGUGGCCAGCACCAAUAGGGGAUUCAAGGCAAUCUACGCCUCAGGCGGUGCCGAGAGUGUCCUCUUCAACGACUCCAUGACCAGAGCUCUAAUUGUGAGGUUCCGCUCCGUCGUUAGGGCUGCUCAGCUCAAGUUCUUCGUCGAGAAUCCUCUCAAUUUUGAUGCUCUCGCCGUCGUUUUCAACAGGUCUAGCAGAUUUGCAAAGCUCGAAAAGAUUCGAUGCGCGAUAGCAGGCAAAAAUCUGUACCUAAGAUUUUCAUGCAGCACCGGAGAUGCCAUGGGAAUGAACAUGAUCUCCAAAGGCGUUCAAUAUGUUAUCGAAUUCCUUCAAAAUGAAUUCCCAGACAUGGAAGUUGUUGGCAUCUCUGGAAACUUCUGCUCAGACAAGAAAACAGCAGCCCCAGUUGUGGUUCAAGUUUCCCUAAUGUCUGAGUUUGGAGGCUUUGGGCCCCAGAGAUUAAGGCAGUUGGCUCAAAUAAUCACGGGUUCUCCCACAAAAAAAUCUUGGCCUGGAUAACUCAGUGUUUGGUAAAGUUAAAAGUAUCAGUUUAUCUUCUUAUCUGAAAGGUACACUCUCUGCAACCCCACCAACUGUUUCUCCAGCUCCAACUCUAGAGCCAUCAAUUUCUCCGUAUCUUGCUUCUCCAGUUUACGCUCCAGCACCCUCACCUGACAUUCAUCAUCUCUCA